AUGGUCAACUGGAAAGCUCCGGAGUCGACAGAUCGGCUCCUUGCGUCACUGAUCGUGGCUCACCCCGGACUGAAGCUCGACUACAAGGCCAUGGCAACAGCCUUCGGGCAGGGUGCAAGCUACGACUCGAUCGAAGGCCGCUUCCGUAAAUGGCGAAAGAUGGCCGACGAACUGCGCGGCGAACUGGAACUGCGAGGCAUCAACUUCACCGAGCUGCGGGCCCGCAACAGCUCGUCUGGGAUUAUGACCCCGCGAACCCCUCGAGGGCCGCGCAACGGCGUGACCAAAGCCAGCCAGUCCGUUCCAUUGUCGUCCCGCGCCCGCAAAGACGGCCGUACCAUCUCGCAGAAGACACCGACCAGGCCCGCGAAAACCGGUAGCAGCACCAGCGCCACUCACGGUGGCUCGCUCGUGCAGGCGAUCUUUGUAGAGGAUAGCACCGAGGAGGAGGACAAGAAGCAUCUGAAGUUCAAGCGCGAGAGCAGCGAGGCCGUGCCCUACGGGCUCAUGACCCCAGGCAAGGAGCCCGACGACCUGAUGAUCGUGGACGCUCCUCCUGCGACCGGUGGUGGUGCUGGUGUCUCUUCUGCGCUCACAUCCAGACACGGUAACGCCCGGUCGGACAGGGACGCUCAGAAGGCCCUUGUGCCUGACCCCCCGACCAUCUCUGGCUUUGAGCCACGAGGCCAUGCGUCGUCCUCCACUGUCGAUCUUCAUCACUCCGGCCUCCAUCCAAUGGAUGACAUCCAGCAGCGGCUACACGGGCAUGUUUAUGCGUUCGAUCAUCUGUUGGACUCGGUCCCGUCUGGGUCGUAUCUUGGUGGUGAUGUCGUUUAG